UCCUGUAGUGACGCAAAGGUGGAGAGCACGAGCUCCAACUCUAACUUCAACUCAGCGCCGUUAGCGCAACAACUUUUUCUUCUCUUUCCACUAAAAGAAAAUCCUUCCGUUCUUUCAGAUAACGUUGUAAUACCAUGUCUGACAUCUAUAACUCGCUGUCGGCGGCAUCUUCUCCCCCACAUCUCCACCAAGGUGCGUCCAGUAGUCACCUCAACUCCUGCUAACGACACUGAAGACUUCUCAGCCUCAUCUGCAACAUAUGGUUGGUUACAAUCAACUAUUCAAGCAACUCCUAUUAUAACAUGAUGCCUCUGGCCCACUGGUAUAUUUGCCUGAAGCAGCACUGAGGGAAAUGAAUGGGAAAUCCUGCAACCUCCUGGUUUCUCCCUCCAGCAUGCCUCAGUCUCUGGGGACUAUAACUGGGCAGCAGGUGCCUCACAUCCGAGUGCAUGCUAGUAGCUCGCGGGUUUCCUCGCAUCAUGGCACCCCAGGCCCUGGCACUGGAGUUUCGAUGUCUGGAAGCACAGUCCUUCUACCUGCCCUGAGUCUGCACAGGCAAGUGCUGACCAAUGGGAAGCACAACAGCACCUUCAGUGUUCCGCAGUCGUCAUGGAAACAAGCACCGUCCCCUCCUGUCCCUCCCACCAACCCCAGUGCGGUGAGAUCCUGCGGCCUACAGAGUGGUAUCAAAGGUUCUCAUAGAAAACUACUGGGACAAUGUGGCAGAUCAAACCUCCAGGUGACGAGCAGUGCUAUGGUGGUCCAGAGUCUGAGCCCGGUGUCUACAGCGACUGUGCAGUCCUCUGCCGGCCACUACCCUCCUCAUUCUCUGGGCCUUUUUGUACCCUUCACAGAUGCCAGGUCCGUGCUGUCCAGAGAGUCCCUGGCCUCCACCACCCUCAGCCUCGCAGAGAGCCAGUCAAUACGCAGCAGCAAGCUGGACUGGCCUUACGGCUACCGUGUUUUACCACCGCUGGGGGAGCAGAACAGCGUCAGUCAGAUGGCUGAAGGGAUGGAGCUACUGAACCUUCCUCCAGGCACGUCCAUGUCUGGAGCCACCAGUAUCUCUAACCCGAACUCUCUCCCUGCUUAUCUGUUUAAGGAGGACACCAACAGCCCCCGCCAUUCUGGCCGUUGCAAGAAAAGAGCCCUGUCCAUCUCGCCUUUGUCUGAUGGUAUCGGCAUUGACCUGAACUCCAUCAUCCGGACCUCACCCACCUCGUUGGUGGCUUACAUUAUUGGUUCCCAAAAUUCUCCAGCUUCCCAGCCAACCUGUUCACCCCUGCAGUCUGACGUAUGUGGACAUCUCCUUGGAGUCAGAGGAAGCUGUAUUCCCAAUGUUAGCUUUGCUAACUCCAGUGCAAAAGUCAGUUCUUCACAAGGCCAGGACUUAACCUCUAACCACCACCCCCCUGACAGAGUGAACGCCUGCAUGCAGAGAUUGGAAGAAGGGGGUGCACAUGACAGCCAAAGAGGAGGGACUAAUCUGGUAGUGGAACAUCAGCUUCUACCUGAACAAGAGAUUAGCAUCAUUGCAACAGCAGAACAUGUCCCUUAUAAUAACCUGCCAAACUCUACACAUCCCCAGUUUGCAAUGGCAGCCAUUGUCAAGGCUCCUAGCCCUCCUAGGGGUCCUCCGCCACCAUAUUACUCACACCAUGUACAUCGAUCACCUGGUGGUCACCUGGGGCAUGGUCAGAACCUUGCAGAGCUACACUCUGUGCCUCGUAUGGACAAUCCCAGUGUUCUGGGACAGUCCCAAGCUCUAUGCCCUAUGCUAGAGGAAGAAGAGGGGGAAGUCGAUGACUUUAUUGGUACACACUGUUGCCAGUGGUUGGACUGCAGCGCCAGCUACAGCCACAAAGAGGAGCUAGUCAAGCACAUUGAGAAGCUGCACGUGGACCAGCGAAAAGGAGAGGACUUCACCUGUUUCUGGGCAGGAUGUCCAAGGAGACACAAGCCUUUCAAUGCUCGUUACAAACUUCUAAUCCACAUGAGGGUACACUCUGGGGAGAAGCCAAACAAAUGCACGUUCGAGGGCUGUCAGAAGGCGUUCUCACGCCUGGAGAACCUGAAGAUCCACCUGCGGAGCCACACCGGAGAGAAGCCUUACACGUGCCAGCACCCAGGCUGUCAGAAAGCCUUCAGCAAUUCCAGCGACCGAGCCAAGCACCAGCGCACACAUGUUGACACAAAACCGUACGCGUGUCAGAUUCAAGGGUGUCUGAAGCGCUACACGGAUCCAAGCUCUUUGCGCAAGCAUGUCAAAUCACAUUCCACCAAGGAGCAGCAGGCCAGGAAGAAGCUGAGAUCCAGCACAGAGCACUACCAAGACGGACUCUCAGAGUGUUUAACUAUACAGCCUUUGCAACACAGCCUGUCACCAUUGGAUGUAGUUGAUAGCAAGUUGUGCCAGUCUCCUGGUCUAGCCACUGACCUGUAUACAGGCAUGUUCUCCCUCGACCAGUCCAGCCAAGUGACCAGUCUACAGAACCCCAUGCAGUGUCCAGCAGUAGGCCAGGCUCAUCCCCCUCCCAGCAGCUCCCAUCACCCACUGCCUCCCUUACCUCCAGCCAACAGCAGGUUUGAUGCCCCUGCAGCACAACAGCCAAACUCCAGGCCAGCCCACCAACCUUCUUCAGUAGCCCACUCACAUCACCACAUGGUGGCAGCCCAAAAGACCAGCAGAAUUCCAAGAUACUCAGACCACUCCACAGCAUCCCUCCCUCCUCACCAGGAUGGUUUUCCCAGUCAUGGCCAGACGGUGUGCUCCCCUUCGUACAGUGACUCACCACAGACAGCAAAGCAGAUAUCCUCCUGUUCCAUGAUGCAUUUGGCUGGUUUUGAGGACAGUCUGGGUCCCUCAGUCACGACUCAUCAGGAAAUUGACCUGAUCCACAGAGCUCUGUCCAGCAUCACAGUGUUGGAUCAGCAGACUAUAUCGAAGGAUGCCUUGGAGGAUCGGGACACUUCAGUCUCAGAGGACAACUACCUUUACAUACGCAGUGUGGAUCGAUGCCCGAGUCAGCUUUCCUGUGUCUACACGGAGGGGUGAAAGCCAGCUAGAGAAGUCUUCUGUCCACUUGAUCAUUUGUUUAUAUUUGAUGAAUAAUUUCUGGCUGUUUUCUUCCUGUUGUUUUUUUAUUGAUCACACAGUCAAAUAUGUGAAAAGAUUUUUAGAAGACUGUUGCUCCUGGAACCUACAUCUUGAAUUCUCGUAACCAAAAGAACCAGUGUAUAAAUUUUAGUCCCAUAUUGUCAACAUAUUUUUUAUGCGGAGAAUAUGAUAUACAUUUAGCAAGUUUAUUUUGUUAAUCUUUUUUCUAUGAUCAGAAUUGCCAUAAUGUGAGCGAAGUUAAUCCAAAUGUGUCUGGAAAAACACGGCAUUCCCGCUUUUAUGCUUCGAUGGAGCACAGUGUCCCCUCUCAGAUGAGUAUGUGAAUAUGAAACGAAAAUGCCUCAAGUUUCCACAUUAAGUAGUAAACCUGUUCGUAAUGAAUACUAAAGCAUCACAGGCUGCUUAUUUCGGGUGUUUUAGGCCACAGUCGAUAUUUCACGGCUUGGCAUCAAUGUAUCCUUUAAAACACUGGCAGUGGCUCUAAAUGCAAGGGUCAAUAGUCAGGAAAUGAAAAGGCCAACAGAAAAAAUUGCAUUGCAAAGCUGUAAUUACUAUGUUUAGCAUCACUGGUAGUCAUGGAGCCCAUUUUUAUGGUGGCUGCUAAUGGAGUUUACCAGUUUAAUUUGGGAAAGGAGGCGUUGUAAUCAUCAAGAAUCAGUGGGGAUGUAUCAAGAGGUUCGGCUUCUUCGCUCUGACCUAAAGAAACCAAGAGUCCCCACAUAACCUGGGCAACUUUCAACAUUCAUUUUGAGACACUUCUGAAGGUCACAUAAUUUUGGAUCUCCUUUGUAAGUACCUCUGAUGUGCUUUCCAACCUCACACUGUGUUCUAUCACAACUAUCAGCAGUAUCACAGGAGGUGGAGGUCUAAAAAUAAGCUUUUUUGGAGCUUGUUGACAACAGCAAUUUGCCAGAAAUUCAGCCAACAACUAAGUUUUGCAGCAGUCAUGCUUUGAAAGGUUUGAGGCAUUACAAGUAGUCUCAUUUUUACAGCUGUGUCUAUAUUAAUCAGUUCUUCCCAUGUCUUCUAACUCACGUCAGGUGUCUUAUCACAUUUGUAGUGCUGUAUAUACCCAGAAAUCAAUGCACUAGACACCUGUUGAGCUGUGCAUACAUCUGAAAAAGCAGGAAUCCACUGGACUGGGUUCACCAUGAGCCAAAAAUUGCCUUAGAAAACCUGUGGUUUUAAUACAGAGCAGUUUAAUAUCCUAUAGGCGCAUCUUAUUUCCAUCUAACAUGUUUAACUCUACAAGUCUUGGAAUUUGCUAUUGCCUGUUGGUAGCUUAUAUUCAGAAAGCACUGUAACCUCAACACAAAACUGUAUUUCUGCUUUGAUAAGGUAGGCAAUUAUUUAAUCUGUGCAACUGUCACAGAACAAAAUAAAAUAAACACUACAAACCACUGGUCUACUUAUAAUUUUUGUGAGGGAAAGACUGAGAUUUUUACCAUAUUCAGUACUUUUUUCUUGUAUUUCAUUUAUUUCCCCUGAAGGCUACUUCUAACAAUUGAGUGGUUUUGUGUACCAAAAAAAUAAUUAAUUUUUUCAUGAUUAUUUUCCAACCUGUCUUUAUCGCUUAGUAUUAAACAAGCUGUUUUUCUUACUGUGCCUUUAAGACUGAUGUAUGUAAAUCACCUCCUGGUAGGCUGUCAUGUAUUGUGCCUCUUUUGAGAUGCAGUCUGGGCUGCAACACUCCUUGUAACUUCAUUGUGAAUGGGCGGAGCUCAACUGCUGGUGGCUAAACAGAUGUAAAUGUUUGGUUUUUAUGACAUCACAAAAACAAUGAAUUCAUAUGGA